CAUCAGGCCAACACGCCUCGAAGUCUGAUAUUCGACUCCGCCCCGCCAUGCCAGUCGCACGCAUCCUCUUUCCGUGAUCCCCUCCUACCAAGCCUCCGAGGCUGUUCUGGAGACAAUGGCGACGCAAGAACCUCAGCCCACAAACGGGGUGGCCUCAAGUGCCUCGAACCCGGAGCUCGACGUCAAGAAGCUGCACGCGCUACCGUCCGAACAGCAGGAGCUGUACCUCCUCACGUUUACAUCCGAUCUCGCUCGCCAUGUCGCCUCGCUCGACGCCGACGGUGCCUCGGCGCACCAGAUCUACAUCAAGAAGGAGCUGUUCCAGGUCAUCAAUCUACCGUCGCCGCCCCCUACCAGAGUAAUACGGAACAACCUGGGACGAACGUUUGCGGGCAUAUUUGGAAAAGGAGACAGGAAGCUGCUGUUCGAGUCCAUCAAUGAGCUUAUCGGCAUACUCAAUGUGGCGGGGAAGUCAGAGAAGGAUAUCAGGGCUAAGCAUGCGGCGGCACACUGCUUGGGUGCGGUUUUCGAGGCGGCGGGAGAUAGCGCUAUAGGGCUGUCGCCAUUCGCAGCAAACUCGUUGUUGCGCCUCGUUAAGCCCGCGCAAAGUCACACCGGACUACGGGCCACCCUGUUGAAAGCUGUCGGGAAGGUGUUCAAGGGGGUGGGACGUUCCGCCGACGAAGCUAUGGCGAGGGACGCAUGGAAGCAAGCCCGUUCUCUGUGUGCCAACGACAAAUCCCUACUUGUGCAGUCUAACGCUUGCUCUCUUCUGGAACAACUCAUCCGACAUACUACUUUCUUCGAUAAUUCGGCCGAUUUCGAUAAGCUCCAGAAUGCCAUUUGGAAAGCUAUCGAGAGCGCCUCGUCCUCGGUAAGACAUGCGGCCGCUUCUUGUCUGAGCGCGGCAUUGGUCAAGAACUACUCCGAGACUGCGCCUGUCGAGAUGCCUCUUGCAAGAUCAAAGACCAUGAAGAAGAAAAGCAAGAAGACGACCGACCUGGAUGGUGACGAAGACAUAAUUGAACGUCCGGAAUCGCCUGCGCCUAAAAGAUGGGCCGCGAAGCUGUCCUUCACCAUCUCUACUCUCCUCAAAACGUUGUCCAAUCACUACUGCAGACCAGCGACCGGUAAUCGAGCAAGAGCUGGAAUCGUCCUUUGCUACAUGAAAGCACUGAGAGGCUUGGGCGAGCAUGUUGUCGAGUCUAAAUACGCCGAUAUUGCGCGCCACCUAUUCAUCGAUGUUCUCAGCAACCCAACGAUCGUCCACAAUCGCUAUCGCAUGCUCACUGCAAGGAAAUAUGUCUCGGUUAUCUUGGAGACUGUUGUGGGCGGCGAAAUGCUUGGAGAAUCCGGGCAGCUCAAUGCAGCACGAUUCCUCGUCAAUGAGAUCCUCAAGGACUACCCCCAGGCGCUCAAGGAGAGACCAGAACCCUCAAAGCAGACUCUAAUCGGAGCUCUCAGCACCCUUUCAUCGCUGUUCAACACUCUUGGGUCGGCAGCAAACGCUAUCGCCGAUGCCUGCAGAGAUGGCCUGUUACAAGUCCUUCAGCAUCCGAGUUACACCGUCCAAGUAUACGCUUCGUCAUGUCUCCGCUCUUUCGUCCUUGCAUGCCCGCUUCAACUCCUACCCUCGGUCACUAUCUGCAUGAAUAGCGUUAACCGCGAGCUUGGCCUGCUAGGAGGCCCGCGAGGAUCACCACGGCGAUGUGUUGGGCUCGCAAAUGGUCUCUCGUCAAUACUCAGCACCUCUACAUCUCAGCCGCUUCAUGGCUCCGUUGAUGUAAAUUCACGAGUGCUCUCUCAAGCCACGUCUCUGCUUAAGUCUAGCAGCAGCUCCGACCUAAGGAUAUCUUCGACACAGAUACAGGUCGCAUGGAUCCUGAUCGGAGGGCUAAUGACCCUCGGUCCUAAUUUCGUUAAAAUCCACCUUUCGCAGCUAUUGCUGCUUUGGAAGAACGCACUACCGAAGCCUCUCAACAAAGACAACAUGGUGCAGCGGAACGUCUUGGAACUCAGCUUCCUGGCGCAUGUACGAGAAUGCGCGCUGGGCUCGAUAAUGACGUUCUUGGAGUUCAAUAGCAGGUUACUGACCUUGGAUGUGACGAAGCGAUUGGCUUCAAUGCUGCAAAACACGACAAUGUUCUUGAACACGUUACCCGCUAAGAAGACUACGGAUGAUGUUUCGCAACGACUUUCACCCGCUCUCCAACUUCACGACUUCGACCUCAUGGUCCGGAGGAGGGUUCUCCAGUGUUAUACGAAGCUUGUCAACUGCAGUCCAGCUGGGAACAGCGACGUUCUCCUUCAAACAAAUCUGCUGCCAUUUGCAGUUGCGGCUUUUGCCGAUCCGGAUAACUAUACUCCAAGCUCGCUGAGCACAGCCAUCGCCAGCUCCGCCGGGACUUUUGAGAGCAUAUGGGAUGUCGCUGACAACCACGGCUUCGGAGUGACCGGGUUGGUCAAGGGUUUCGACAUCGAGCCACUACCGGGUGAGCAUGAAAGUGAGAGUCGACACCACUGGGUUACAAGACAGGGGCCGGAAGCCACGGUUGAUCGCACGCUUUUGUCACCCAUUUGUAGCGCACUAGAGCACGACUCUAUAUCCUUGUACGUCGGCAAAUCAAACGAUCCAUUCGACCUACCAGAUCCACCAGCAACAGCAGUGGUCAAUUCGGCGCUACAACUGUUCGCGAUAUGCCUACCCUUACAGACUCCAAAGAUCCAGGAGAGCAUCUUGGAGCAAAUUACGUCCUUUCUCUCCGCGAGCAACUUGCAACGGGAUGUCAACAGGAAGACCGCUAUGAUGGUAAACAUUGCAUAUGCUCUUUUAGCCGCAUUGAAAGUGGCAGUGAAGGAAACGCGAUCCGCUCCUGGAGAUCUCAGGGGCUCGGCGGUGGAGAAGGUCAUACAAGAAUUGUUGCAUGUGUUCAUCAUUCUUCCGGAUCCUUACGUCCGUAAUCUCACUGGGGAAGCGUUAGGCCGUCUAUGCAGUAGCUCUGGAACAGGGUUCACUACCGCAGAAGUGAACUAUCUGGUUGAUCAAAUCGUAGCGAAUCGCGAACCGAAUGCCCGCUCCGGGUACGCUGUUGCUCUUGGCUGUAUUCACGCGCAGCUAGGAGGAAUGGCCGCCGGCUACCACCUCAAAAACAUCCUUGGAAUACUCAUGUCGCUGGGCAACGAUCCGCAUCCGGUCGUGCACUUUUGGGCUUUGGACAGCCUUUCUCGAGUGGCCGACUCUGCGGGCUUGACUUUCUCCGGUUAUGUGACCAGCACUCUGGGGAUGCUGGCGCAGCUAUAUGCAGCGGAUACGCAUAACCAUGAAUCUGCUUCUCUGGCUUCGUCAAACAUGGAGCUGGACCUACCCACUCCUGCCGUUAUCGCGCGCUGUAUUGACAGCACCAUCAAUGUUCUUGGUCCCGACCUUCAGGAUAUGACCAGGGCAAGGGACAUGAUUAUGACGCUUAUUGGGCUCUUCAAGACCGAGUCCGAUGAACUGAUAAUCAUUGAAAGCCUGAAGUGUCAAGAGCACCUCUCGUUAUACGCACCCGGUCAAAUGGAAUUCGCCGUUUACGUAAAGCAACUGCAGGGGGCUUUGGAAAGCAGCUCCACACAGAUUAGGAACAUGGCAACCGACGGCCUGCAUAACCUGAUGCGACGGAACGCCGAAGAGGUUAUCCGUACGGGCGACCCAGGACUGGAGGAUCAACUUUGGCACGUCCUUGACAAGUCACCCGAACAUGAAGUGGUCCGCAACAUCAUCCGUAACUGGCUGCAUCAGACCGGACUCACUGACACGGCGACGUGGGUGCAGCGAUGUCACUCCGUGCUUACAAAGACAAAACGCGUUGUGGAAGCAGAGGAGAAGACGGAGACUAAACCGAAGGGUGGAGCUACGGAUAUACAAGACGAAGAGGUUGCCGGGUUUGCGGCGUCAUCAAAUGCUCCUGGUGAUGACGGCAGCGCGACUCAAACCAGCCAGGAGUUACUGAAAUGGCAAGUGAGAACUUUCGGCAUGGAUUGCCUAAGUGAGUUUCUUUCGAUGGUCAGCAAAGAAGCAGCUUUCAGAGAAGAAUCGCCCUGUGUACUGGCGUUACAACGCAGGAUUGCCGAUGUGGUUCGGAUCGCGUUUUCCGCGUCGACGGCUGGCGUAGUCCAACUCCGAAUACGUGGUCUGAAGAUUAUUGACCAGGUUUUGAAGUUAUUCGGCAAAACGCCCGAUCCAGACUUUCCAGAAGCCACCCUACUCGAACAGUAUCAGGCUCAGAUUGGCUCUGCGCUAACGCCAGCCUUUGCGGGAGACUCCUCACCAGAACUGGCGGCAGAGGCUGUGAACGUGUGCGCUACGUUCAUCGCUACAGGUAUCGUAACGGAUGUGGAUCGAAUGGGCCGCAUCCUCAAGCUCCUUGUCUCGGCGCUCGAGAACUUUUCAAGCGAAACUGAGAGUGCAGCUAUUGGUGACCUGAAAGGAUUGAGUUCGAAUGCACAGGUCAUGGUCAAGAUGGCGGUAUUCUCGGCUUGGGCCGAGCUCCAGAUCGCUAGUGCAGAGCAGAAGUACCUGGUCGAUGUGCUCAAGCCACACAUUGCUAAACUGACACCCCUAUGGCUCUCCUCCCUUCGAGAGUAUGCGCGCUUAAGAUUCGAGCCCGACAUCUCUUCAAUGGGAUCGGCCUCCAUGUCUGGCAGUCUGGAUACGAUCUACGCUGCUUUGAGCCGAGAGACAUUGCUGAAGUUCUACCAGCAAUCGUGGCUUAACCUGGUAGACGCCAUUGCAAGCCUAAUAGACGACGACAGUGAAUUCGUCUUUGAUGCCCUAGAUGGCAAGACUGAGUUAUCCGAAUCGUCGCCACCUAAUGGAAAGGCUGAUCACAUCAACUAUCGGGAUGAGCCCGUGGCAUUCUUCUUCGUGCUGUUCGGCCUAGCAUUUGAGGCAUUAGCGGGACGCCCGGGCGACCUGCAAGCCUCCAGGGAACAGAUCCUAGAGAUCCUUCAAGCCUUGAAGAAGAUCUUGCGACCAUCGGUAUCCGGACACGCGAUCUAUCAAGAGGUGGUGUUCGGGGAGACUAUGGACAUGCUGGACCGGCUGGUCCUAACGGAAGGCUUGCAAGUGCAGACGGUCAUCGUGGAGAUAGCGAGGAACCUCUGCCUAGGCCAUCCGUCCGCAAAGAGGGAUCAAGGCGCCACUCCCGGAGAUGAGCAUCUCUCAGAUGACAUAGACCAGCUCUUCGAACUAACAAGGAUUAUGGUCCUGGUCUUAACCGGAAUGGUGCCUAGUCUGGACGACGGUAAGAGCGGAGUGCGCCACGAGCUCAACGAAGAAGCAGUCUCAUUGCUUACAACCGCCCUCUCAGCGUUGGUCGACGCCGCUCAAGUCUUCCCUUCAAUCAUUAGGACAGACUUGCAUGCGUGCAUUCUGCAUAUCUUCGCCACGAUCCUGGGCACCGGCUCCUGCCAAGCCACAGUCAUCCCGCAGUCCCUUCCCAUUUUCAAGCGGUUCGUCAGCAGCCUCACGACCCACGUUGAGCCGGGCUCCGAAACAAGCACGCAGCUUCGCGCUACACUUACGCGGUUCCUCCAGAUCCUAAAGCACGCCCAACAGCGCGAGUUCGACGCCGCGCUCGCCUGUGAGAAGAACACUAUCCUCACGACUACUAUUCUGCUCAGCUCCGCUGCCGCUGCCUUCGAGGCUAACGAUCCGCUUGUCAAGCGUUUCGUCGAAGAACUGUUCGACUGCCUAGAGACCCGAACAACAAGCAAGGUUGCCGCAGGAUGCUGUCGCAGCUUACUCCUACUUCCAAAGAAAGGCGCCGUGGAAACGGCAAUCGCAGCCCAAAUCCUCCCGCAAGUACUAACCUUCCUCGCCAACCCGUCCGAUGUCGAAGGCCUAGACGAGUCCCGCUCUAUGCUCGCACACACGCUCGUCACGUUCAUAGCGACUCUUCCGAACCCGCAGCAGCGCCAAAUCGCAGCGAAGCUCGUCGUCCCAGCCCUCUUAGCUCGAGUGCAGAAGGACCCGAAAGCGAGCGCUGAAACUGCCACCCGCUUGCUGGACCUUGCCGGCGCAGAUCAAGCCGCGUUUAGGAGCGUCGUUGGAGGCUUGUCGCCCGAGCAAAAGAGUUUCAUGGAAUCGGUGCUGAAGAGUGGCGGUGCGGGCCAGGCGAAGAGAGUAGAGAGGGAGGAGAUUGGCGAACCUACUAUUGCGCUGAGGAUGGAUUUCGGGGCUUGAGAUCACUGGUAGGGAUGGGAAGGGAAGAUGUAAUUGGGCGCCGUCGGUGGGCUCGCUUAUGGGGAAACGGUAUAGCAGUGCGGGUUGUAGCGGAAUAAUACCCACCCAUCCAAUGCAAUGACUCGAAGCUAAAGCGGGCCAUUGCGGCUCCUGAGUCCAGAGAGAGAAAGAAACAGUAGACGUCCGUUGUUGCGAUGCGAAACUGCACCGUGUGCAACUAACCUAACUUCCUUCUCUAU